AAAUUCGAAACAAAAUCACAAAUAAUUCCUUCUCUUCGUUCCCUUCUUUCUGAUCAAACAAUGGAGCAAACCGAAGAAGGGAUCGGAAUCAAAGUCUACAAUGCAACUCCACCCGAGGGCCCCACGCGAAACCCCUCCCUCUCUCGCUUGCCUCCUCAACCGGGCAACAAGCGGCGGGCAGUGGCCAAGGGAGUCCAGAAAACCAUCUCUAAAACUUCCAUGCUUGUCAACUUCCUUCCCACCGGCACCCUCCUCACAUUCGAAAUGGUCAUCCCCUCUGUGUACCGCAACGGCGACUGCUCUUCCGUCAACACAAUGAUGAUCCACGUUCUCCUCGGCCUCUGCGCCCUCUCCUGCUUCUUCUUCCACUUCACCGACAGUUUUCGGGGACCCGACGGCAAGGUCUACUACGGAUUCGUGACGACGAAAGGGCUGGUUGUGUUCAAACCGGGACUCGACGUGGAGAUUCCUAAAGACGACAGGUACAAGAUUGGGGUGACAGAUUUCGUGCAUGCGGUGAUGUCUGUGAUGGUGUUCAUGGCUAUAGCGUUCUCCGAUCGCCGGGUGACCAACUGUGUGUUUCCAGGUCAUGAGAAGGAGAUGGAUCAGGUGAUGGAGAGUUUUCCAUUGAUGGUGGGAAUUGUUUGCAGUGGACUGUUUCUUGUGUUUCCUACUACUAGGUAUGGGAUUGGUUGCAUGUCCGCGUGAUAUUUAACAUUUUUCCUAUUCUGAUACUAUGACAUAUAGAAUGUUAUAAUCAGAUGACAUAUAGAUUGUUUUGUGUGGAAGUCUAAUAAAUAAUAUCUCUUUUU